AGCACAUGGAGGCGGCCAUCAACAUUGGUGUGACUGAGCUAAAAGACAGGUUUGGUGGGCUCCUGAAUGAUGAGGCUGAAGUCAAGACCCAGGUUCAGGCCUUCAAAGUCUUCAACCAUGACACAUGGCCAGAUGACCUGGGCAGCCUUCUGACCUUUGGUGAUGGUGAUGUGGCAGACCUGGUGAGGCAUUUCAGAGAGCCUCUUGAGAGAUCAGGGUGUGACCUGGCGGCUGUUCAGGACGAGUGGCAGGGACUGAAGAUUUUGGUCAGUCAAAGCUUCAAGGACAAGUCCUACAGUGGCCUGUGGGAGACAAUGCUCACCAAGGAGCCAUACAGGGAGGAUUACAAGAACAUACUGGAGUUGGUGCAGCUGAUGUUAGCACUGCCCAUUUCAGCUGCUCAGUGCGAGAGGGGCUUCUCUGCACAAAACCGUAUAAAGAGCUCCAAAAGAAGCAGCCUUGCAGUCUCCACCACCGAAGACCUCAUGAGGAUCACCCUGGAGGGGCCAAGUCUUGAGGACUAUGAUCCAAGUCCUGCUGUGGACCGCUGGAUGAACUCAGCCAAGCGUGCCAGGCGACCUGACUACAAAAAAUUGUGGGACAGAGAUAUUCUCUGCGUUUAAUUGCAGUAGGCCUUAUGAUGGCACUGUGGUAUAUGUUUAAUGUGUGUUACUGAUUUGACUGUUAAUAAUAAAAUUGUGUUAUUUAAAAAAUUUCAUAGUGCUCCUAAAUCUUUUCUGUGCUCCUAAAUUUUUUCAUUUAGGAGCACCUGUGCUCCUAGUGAAAAAGCUAAGCGUACAGCCCU